GGGGUGCUUGGAAAAGCUAGUUGGUGCUAUGACAGUUACCUCUACAAAUGCUUUAAUGGAACAGUUGUAUCUAAAAUAUCAACAAAAACCAUGGACUGAAACUCUGAAACUUGUCCAUUUUUGCAUGGAUAAGCCACUUCGAUGUCCUGUCGGUAACGAUCCAGAUAGUCCAAUGCUCUUGUGCAUGGAGAAGAUACAAAGGACAUUAAAUGCUAAAUCUUUGUUUUCUGUGAUGAACAGAUUGCAAUCUUUAUCCAGACAAAAAGGGCUUAAUUCUCAUGUUAGCCCCAGUGGGACUACCUGCUACAUAACAUCAGACAUGUUUUAUAUUGAAGUGCAACUGGAGAAGGAUGGAAAUGUGAUAGAUGCAAAGUUGGCUCACCUUGGAGAGGCUCCUGUGAUUUGUGAUGACUUGGUGGAGCAUCUAAGGAUGAAGAACUAUGAUGCCGUUGGAAACAUUCUAGAAAACCUGUCAAAUCUGUAUAAAAUUCCAGGAAACAGUGAAAUGAAGGCUAAAGGAUACCUUGCGUUGCAGUCCCUUGAAAAGGAUCUUUAUUCAAUGUCUCUUCUAGACAGAACACAGAAUGUAAAUAGAGUUACUGAAGUACUUCAUGGAAAAGUAGGACACCUGGUGCCAAGAACUGGAGGAACUCCUAUGAACAUUGAAUUUUACAUUUCUCCAUAUCAAAUUCUGGAAGCAGAGCUCAAUCCUGGUUCCCGGGUAUGUGGAGCAAAAAUAGAUGUAACUGUUGAGGGCACAGAUACGCUCCACAAACUUCCUCUUUCUCCACUACUAGAUUCUCAACCUGGAGAAGACGGCAACCCUGCUUUUUUGCCACUAACUAAUGAACUCAGUACGGAUUUGUCUGCUUAUUUUUUGUUGAAGUUUCACCAGCCUAUUCCUAUGUCCUCGUCCAGCAUUGAAGAGAUACAGAGACUCACAGGAACUCAGAUUACUGGCUUGAAACUGGCUCCUCUAUAUGAGCUGGUUGUUCAAUCUACCCUUAAGGAAAAAUGCAGUGAAGAUUUGUUUACACAUAAAUCCCGUUUCUUUGUGUCUCUUCCAGAUUGCCCAAAGCACUGCUACUUCAUAAACACAGGCUCAGCAAAAUCAGAUUUGUCAGGAGCCUUAGUCAGUAAAAUCCCAUUUACCCAUCCAAAGUGCGUGCCUGACGUAAUAGAGAUUCUUCGACAUCAAAUGGCAUACAACAGCCUUAUUAGCAGCUGUGUCUCUGAGAAGCAUAUAAAUGGAGAUGAUUCAGAACUGCUUUACUUUGAAGUGGCACCACACAAGAACACCAGCUUUUCUGUCUUCUUCCUUCAUCCUAUGAAAGAGAAUUUAGCCUGUGUGAUAAUCGAUGUUGUAACUUCCAGAGAAGUCCAGUGUAGCCUUCAUUUAAAUCCUCAAGAUCCAACUCUGAAUUCUAGUGAUGGCUUUAUAUCAAGAGCUGUGAAGCGAUGCAUGUCAGUCCCAGUUGUCAUGAGAGCUAUUUUCAGGAAUGCUGCCAAGGUGGAAGCCAAUAGUGAAACACAACCAGCAUGUGAGCAAAUUACUGAUUUAAAUAGACUUGAAGAAAGUCCUUCUAUGGCUGGUCAUCACGAUCUGGUAGUAACAGAUAAGCAAAGUGUUCCGGGCAGCCCAAAAGAAAAUCUCUCCACAGCCAAAUCGGAAACUUUGGGUGAUAACAUGGAAAAAAGUAACCCUACAGUCAGCAUGGAAAAUUUGUGCAGAGUGGAGGAAAGUACUUCCACAGCUAGUACACAAGCUGUUAUGAAAGAUAUGUGA